AUGUCUGACAAAGAGGAGGAGGAGGAGAUAGUGCAGCAGAAUGAGAGACGCAGAUCGACUACGGUAAUUAUGACGAAUUCCAACUUCAUUGAACAGCAGAAAGGUGAGCGGGAAUUGCGCCAGCACCAAAAACGCGCCAGCUAAACCUAUUGCUGACGCAUUUUUGGUAGCUCGUGGAAUAUAUUGAUGUGGGAUGUCUAACUGACCGGAAUUUCAUGGAGAUUUCAAAAAUGAGCAAUAUUUUCAGCAUCCUCACCUCCGGAAGGCGUCAGACGCACCGGAAGCAUGCGGAGAAGACUGUCGAAGCAAAAUGCGACACAUGAAGAGCCGGAAAACUCGAAAAAUGAACAAAAACCGGUGAUUGAGGAGGAAGAAGCGGAAAAUUCGGAGAGUUUGGGAGUUAGACCAAGUCUACAACGUGUUGAUGCGAUUGUUGGAGACGAUGAUACGAAAUUACGGCCGCCUGGGCUUGGACAAAAACAUCAUGCGUGGAGCACGUCGAAAAGUUUGAGCAGAGGUUGGGAUUUUGUGGAAGGGUUUGAAAUUUGGCACAAAAUGAGUAUAAAUAAGAUAUGGUUUUGGGAGUUUCGAAAUUGGGGAAUUUCAGCCUAAAUUUUCAGCCAAAUUCUGAAUUUUUCUAGAAUCAUGUUGUGGCUCAUUUUGUGGAGAAUUUCAAGAGCUACAAAAUGAGCCUGAACAUGAUUUUCCGGAUUUUCAGACUUUAUCUGAAAAUCCCCGCUGAAACCUAGAAGCUGGAAUAUUUUUGAAAAUUUUUCAGUUUCAGACCGGAUUUUCAGCCAAAUUCUGAAAUUUUCUAGAAUCAAGAUAGAGCUCAUUUUGAAGCUUUUGAAAUUCUGCACAAAAUGAGCCUAAACAUGAUUUUCCGGAUUUCUGAAAAUCCUGGCUGAAAAUCAGAAUCUCAAAAAUUCACUAGUUUCAGUUUCAGCCUAGAUUUUUAGGCUAAAUCUGAAAUUUCCAAAAUCCAUGUUUAGGCUCGUUUUGUAGAGAAUUUCAAGAGCUACAAAAUGAGCCUAAACAUGAUUUUCAGAAUUUUCAGAUUCAGGCUGAAAAUCCCUGCUGAAAAUCAACUUCCCCAUUUUUCUACAAAACAAAACCCCAUAAUUAUUUGAGUCAUGUGGCGGGGAAAUGAGACAAAAGUUCAUAAUGACAUUUUUGAAACCUGAAAUUAAAUUCAGGUUUCGCGGGGGCUAAAAUUAGGGGUUUCCAGCCCAAAAAAGGCGAUUUUUGAGCAAAAAUUCACCAAAAUCCAGCAAGAUUCUUGCAGAAUCCACCGGAACUGAUUAUUCUGACCGAAGUGGCACCGAUCUCCGUCAAUUCAUUCGUCGAACUUUGCACAAAUCCGAAGAAGAUCGCGAUCAAUUGAUAUAUUUCGAGAGAAUUAUGCGCGAACUUGUUGAGAAUCCGGUGGAACAAAGCCAGAAAAUCGAUCUACCUUCUUCCUAUCACAGAAUGUUGUUUCAUAGAUGUGCGGCUUGGUUUGGAUUGGAUCAUAAUGUUACCAAUAAACAUACGGAGAUUGUGAUCAAUAAAUCGGAAAAGACCAAAAUGUAGGCGACAUUUUGACACCAAACACGUCAGGGGAGGGUUUAUUGACGCGUUUUUUUGUAGCUAGAGGGAAAUUUGGGUUAUUUUGACACCACAUAAGCCUAUGCUGAUGCUUUUCCGGUCAUUUUGACACCACAUAAGCCUAGGCACUUGAAAUGCACCAGCUAGACGCCUGCUGACGCAUUUUUUGUAGCUAGUGAGAAUUUUGGGGGCCUAGGCACCUGUAAUAUGUCAGCAAACCCUUUACUGACGCGUUUUCUGUAGUUGGUGGGAAAUUUGGGUUAUUUUGAUACCUCAUAAGCCUAGGCACCUGUAAUACGUCAGCAAACCCUUUACUGACGCAUUUUUUGUAGCUAAACGAAGAUUUCCGGUCAUUUUGACACCCCACAAGCCUAUAUUCUCUAGUGCACCACAAAUACGUAAGGAAACCCUUUGCUGACACGUUUCGCGUAGCCUCAGAUGUCUGCUGGCGUGUUUUUUGUAGCCUACUUCAAAUUUGCAUCAUUUUGACACCUCGAAUGCGUCAGCAAAACGUUUGCUGGCGCAUUUUUGGUGCAAGAAUGACGCAAAAAGCGUCAGUAAACCGUUCCCUGUGUCAAAAAAAAUGCAAAAAAAAAAAGAAAAAACAUUUUUUAGGCCAGAAGACAAAUUCGCGGAUCUGAUAAUCAACAACGAUUUCAUGGAGGGUCGCUUCACCCGACACAGUAGUCAAAAUUCGCGACGAGACCCGCGAGACUACGGUAGUCAAGCAAGCCUGUCGCAUGAUCUACAAAGAGCACAGUCUUUUGAGCAGCAAAAUAUGCCAAUUUUGCCGCAACACGCACCAAAUUUGACGCAACAAAUGCGUCAACUCAGCCUGCAACCUCAAAAUUAUUGGGCCACCCAAAGAUCAUUCGAUCAUUGCUCAGGUUAUACGCCAGCCGCACCGCAAGCUGCAAUGCGGAAAGCGGAAAGUUACGGUAACUUGGAACCGCCCUCGGUUUUGGUCCAUCAUUAUCAUCAUUGUUAUGAGGAGCCGAUUCCAGCUGCUCCGCAACCGGUUUAUCAUCAAUUUGGCGCCAAUUUUUAUCCCGGGUAUACGGUAGGUGGCGAAAUUUGACGCAUUUUGAUACCAAAUGCGCCAGCAAACGGUUUGCUGACGCGUUUUUUGUAGGUACUAGAAAAAUGUUCAAAUAUUUCAGGUGCAACCCGCUCCACCACCGCCACAAACUACCGUAUACUACCAUCCCAUUCCAUACGGGACCCCCCACCACUUCAUUCAACCCGAAUUCAUCAUGAACAACGACACUCCGCCGAUUCCAGGGCAUUUAAAUGAGCAGCAGCAGCAGCAGCAACCCUUCCCGCACGUCGAGCAUUUUCAGAUGGUCGAUCAAACGGAGAAUCGUCGAAAUUUCCAGAAAGCCAGCGUGGAUGCCGGUUACGGUAGUAUGAAUCAGGAAAUCAGUGAAACUUCGUCGACUUCGGCCAAAGAAUCUGAUAAAUCUUGA